CAAAUUUCAGAUUUGUGAUGGUAAGAAAUUAAAAUUUCAAACAUGGUUAAAAAUAAAAUAUCGACAACGACAGAGUAUUCAACGUAUGAUUGGGAGAAGAUUUGGUUUUCCGAUGAGACAAUUAUUGGAGCCAGGGAGACACUUAUUGAUUCAUUGUAUAUUGCAUUGACUCCAGGUUCAAUUCCAUCUGCUUGUGUAUUUGCAUUUGACUGCUUUCUAACUGUGAUUCAUUUCCUUGUAUCCAGUUUUAUCCUCGAUGAUUUCACAACAACUUUCCUAGGAACUGUCUAUUUUCCGACAUCAUUGCUCAAAGUCAUAUACGUCAUUGAUUUCUUCUUCUCAGCUCAAUGGAUUGAUGAAGUAUCAGAAGCAUUAAAUCAAAUCUUCAAUAUGACUAUAAUUCUCUCAUGUAUUGCAUAUAAUUUCAUGUGUCUAUUUGUUGCAAACUAUCGAAAGAACAUUCCAUUGCCAGUGUGUCGAACUGUCUUUGCACCAAUUCUCCUCUUUUGCUCAUUCAUAGUUAUUUCUCCUAAAUUGGUGAUGGAUAGAAACAUUGACAAUUGUUUUCAAUUCACAACUCAAUUGUUCGGUGCUUUGUUCCUCACUGGCCAAAUAUCUUGGAAUUUUUAUACUUUCAUAUGCAAAAAGGUUGAUAUUGACUCGGAAAAGAGAGAAAUCAAAUCAAAUGAUCUCGUCGAAGCAGCCAAUGACGUAGUUCUGAAUGCAAAUGGAAGGCUCAUCUGGGCAAGUUGGUUCUCAUUAAUCAUUGUGAUUCUGGCAGUUCCACAAAUUGUUGACUACCGAGUUGUUCUUACCACUUCAUGGAUUCCCUAUCAUUUUCUUGUCCAAUCGCUUGUUCAACUCAAUGCUCUUCUUCUAUCUGUUACGGUAUUCUUGGUACUCCCAACUUAUCGAUCAGUAAUCUUCAAUCGUUGUUCAAACUACAACCGAAUCAUAAAAGUGGAAGAAUUCAAAAUAGAAAAGGAACAAGAGAAGUCUGAAAACCAACUGUCAAAGAAACAACUCGAAAAAGAAGCAGAAGCACUUGAAAACCAUCAGCCUCCGUCUCAUCAGCCUGUAAAUCACAACUUUUCGAUUCCACAUUUUCAACACGUGACAAUUCCUCGUUUCCGAGUUCCAGUUAUUCCACCAAUGAUUCCACAUGCAAAUGGUCAAAUUCGGAUUUUCGUCGCACCGCCUCAAAGAAAAUUUUAACUUUCCAUUGGGAAUACACAUGUUAAUAAAAUAUUU